GGAAGUAGGAGACGCUCGCCCUGUCUCUCUCUCUCUGUCUCUCUCUGUGUCUCUCUCUGUGUUUGUCUCUCUCUGUGUCUGUCUCUCUCUGUGUCUCUCUCUGUGUCUGUCUCUCUCUGUCUCUCUCUGUGUCUGUCUAUCUGUGUCUGUCUCUCUCUGUGUCUGUCUCUCUCUGUCUCUCGCUUUAUUGAGAGGUAGAGUGAGAGGCAGGUGAAGGGGUGAGAGGUGAGAGAGACAGCGGGAUGGAGACACCUGGAGCUUCAACUCCAUCCUGACGAAGAGGAACUUCGCUGGGAAUCUGUGGAGACACGAACUGAAGAUGCCCAUCGGAUCAUCAUCAUCAUGAUAAGAAGAAGAGGAAAUUGGUGGUUCGUGGCUGGGGUAGUUUCCGAACGGGGGAAGAUGCUCACGGCGGUGCUGGCGCUCUGCUGCUGUGUCAGAUUGGUGGCUGCGACACCCACAGAGGCUCUGUGCCCUGAAGGAUUCUAUAACGUGGAGAAAACUGACCUUUGCUGUGAGCUGUGCAAGCCAGGGCAAUUCGUUGAGAAUAGAUGCACGGAAAACAACGGCCCCACGACCUGUCGGGAAUGUCCUAACGGAUACUACACGGCCGUAGAAAACUACCUACCAGGAUGUUGGAAAUGCAAGAAAUGUGAGGAAGACGAGGAUGUUGACCAGCUUUGCACCGGGACCUCCAAUGCGCUGUGCCGAUGUAAAUCCGGUUUCCACAAAGCAGACGGGUUCUGCGUAGAGGACCAAAGCAGUUCAACAGGUAUGACACCUGGGUCCGUGGCUGCUGUUGUGAUCCUGGUCUUUUUGAUCCCGGCUGCCGGAGUAGCGAUGUACCUCUACUGUUACCGCAAGAGGAAUAACCGAAAUCCCUGGCGUUGUUCCCAGGAACAACCCGUGAUUGUCCCCGUUCAGGAGACGUCGUCGACACCGGAGAUGAUUAGGAGGGCACUAGAUGAGCAUUUCAGUGAUCAUCAGCUGGUCGAGGAGAUAAAUGGACGCACCCCGAAAUUGCUGGCGGCAUUACAGACGUGCCUCAACCCGCUGCUGAACGAGCUACGGCCACAGAAGAUCCUCACCAAUCCCGAGUUGGAUAACAUCACCGCCAUCGCUCAGUCUGAAGGCGUCUACAAUGCUGCCACCAGACUGCUCGAUAUAAUUUACAACAAGGGUCACCGCAGGUCCAGAGGCUUUUGGGACGCCCUCUCCCGGCUGACGGUUAACUACCCGAAGCUGCUCGACGUAUUUGCGGAAAUGCUUCCAGAUGGGUGGCGACAGCAGCAGCAGCCGCCGGCAUCCGACCGAGAGGAGGAGGACGAAGAGCAUGAGGCGGCGAGCGGCCUCCUGGAGCUACAGCAAAAAGCUCCGGGACCUGACGCGAACGUUCAAUGCAGCACCGCUCCUGGUGGCGAGGUGGCGGCGAAUGAGGAGGCCUUCAGGAGACUGACUGCGUGCUCGGACGAGCAACUGCUCGAUGGCAUAACGACAAAUAUGACGCCGCUGGUCGAGGCUAUCGAGGGAGAUGAGGCCGGUGUUGACGAAGCUGUUCGAGAAGGAGAUCCUCACACUCGCCGAGAUGGAUGCUGUCUCGACCACUCAAACAAAUAAUGGUGGCUUUAAUGCUGCUUCUCAACUGAUAACGAUGCUGCUCCAUAAGGGUGACCGUGUGGCCAGAGAAUUCUGGAUGGCCCUCUGGAAUUUGAAGACAAACUAUCCGCGGAUUCACAAGAUCAUUGAGAAUGUACUCUUGAUCAUCGAGCCCGCUGUUUGAUGUCUGCAAGACGCCUCCCGGGGAUGUUGCGGCUCCAAAUUUCAAAAGAACAACAAUUUAUGUUUUUGUUGUUGUUGUUUGUUUAACCGGAUGUAAGCCACGUAAUGAUAGCAGCUCUGUGUCUCUGUGGGUCUCUGUGGGUCUCUAUGCGUCUAUACAGAAAGAAGAAAAUAGGAGGAACAUGAACUUUACACUCACUAUUUGUAACUGUAUCUUGUACAGGUUGUGGGCCAAGACGAAUCUCAGCUUGCACCCCUCACACACCGCAACACGGCAAUUGUGUAUGGUCGCGUUACCACGAGACAGCUUAUUGUUUUAUUUUAAUAACGUUAUUGUUUUAUCCGAUCGUGGACGUUUUCUAGAUAUUGGAUAUGCAUUUGGUGAGAACUAAUUCUGUGCGAAUAUUUCUACUUUGAGGUGUUGCCUAUCAUUUAGGUUUAAUCACGUGAUCCUGAGAUUUGACCAUUGAUGCUUUUAUGAUCAUCCAGUACGGAUUGAUGAGUAUGUACAUUUGCAUGGGCACUUUUAUAUUAAUUCUGAUGGUAAGAUUUGGUGGAUGUUAGGGCAAGUUGUAUUAAUAACAUUUUAUCACAAUAUAUACACCAUCAUGCAGAAUGUUAUACCUCCCAACACACUGCUCAAGUGUCCCUGGGGGUUUCAAGAGGCCAGCAAACCCUUGAACACCUACCUCUCAAUUGCUAAAGGAAAACAAAGCCAAGACAAUCUCCUAACUUCACCAACAGACACACACGCGCCUUGUAGGGACUAAGUCUUUGAUCCGCAAUGAAACGAUGAUUAUGCUGAUUAUAUGUGUAAUGUGAGGUUAUAUCCGGGUCUUUGACAUAUCACAACUCGUCAUGAUGAUUGGCUCUGCCGGUCCUGGUCUAUAGCCAAUGGGGGGGAAGCCUAGGGGCGUGGCCCUGACGUAAUGGAAAGGUGACAGCUGUAAGGAUUGGUUCUGCUGGCUUUGGCCACAGCCAAUGGGGAGAUGAGUCAGGGGCGUGGUCCCGGGAGCUUACGAGGGAGCCUGGAAUAUUCCAUGGAGGCUAACCAGGAUUGGUGGAAACGUACCACGUGACCCGGGUAUUAAAUAGGGGUGGAGACGAACGACACGUGGUCAGAACGGGAACGAACGGAGAAAGGGGGCCACACGGGAGUGGGGCUCCGGGUUGCCACGUGGCAGUGCGUCUCUCUCUAUCUGUCCCUCUCACGCUGCCUGUCAACAGUGUGAAGGAAAGCUGUAAUACAAGUUGAAUAAAAGACGGAUUCCA